AUGAACACAGAAACAGAUGAAAGGGCACAUGAACCUGCUAGUAAAAUAGCCAAAUAUGAUUUUAGUGAUAAUAUCGGCAAUUCCACAUCGACUGACUGCGAGAAGAGUGGAGACCAUAAACCGGAAGUUGUUAUAGUUAUACCAGGCGGUUCACCACAGCAGCUGUCCGUGGAUGUAGUUGAUGUUGAUGCAGUUUCACAAAAAUUAAACAAAGCUGCAUCGUACUUGAACACUUAUCUGUUUUCUACUAAAAUCCAGACAGAGCUACAGAAGUGUUACAAAGAUUCAAACGAUUUCUGUGAUGGUACUUCAGGCAUGCAGCUUUAUUGUUCCCCCUUUCAUCACUGUAUCUUGCCGAACUUUGUUACUGACAGUGACUAUAUUGCUGAUCUUGAAUCUGCCCUGCUUGAUUUGCCUCUUAAGGAGAAAAAUAAUGAUUUGUAUAAAUUCAGGCAGAGUAACGAUCUGAAUCACAGCAAAUCUCAGGCUUUGACAUUGUUCAGGUCUCUCUGUGAUGAUAUUAAAGUAUUCUUGUCACAUGUGACGGAGAUCCCACUGAACUCUAAGAUUGAUCUGUUUUGUUCACACUAUCGAUACACAGAUGUCUUGCUGUGCCAUGAUGAUGAGUUGGAGGCGAGACGAAUUGCUUUCAUUUAUUACCUUGUGCCUGAGUCAUGGUCUCUAGAUGAUGGAGGAACCCUGGAUUUAUUUGACACUGAUGAACAUGGUCAGCCAAAAAACAUUGUCAAGUCUAUUGUUCCAAAAAGGAAUUCUUUCCUGUUCUUUGAGGUGUCUGCAGCAUCCUUCCAUCAGGUUGCAGAAGUGUUAUCAGAAAACAUGACCCGCCUGUCCAUCAGUGGUUGGUUUCAUGGUCCUCCUCUGCCCAGACCUGCAGCUUAUGUUGAUACAUUACCACCAGCAGUCCAGUAUGGUAGUGUUGAGGAAGAGGUGUUCUAUGCUUGGAUCAAUCCAUUUUACCUUGCUCCAGAAAUCCAGGCCGAUAUAAAAAAACAGUUUGAGGAGGAUUCAGAAAUAGAGCUUACAGAUUUCCUUCAGGGGGACAAAUAUGCUGCUUUGGUGGAAGCUCUGGCAGACGAGAAUAUCAAAUGGAGUUUGCUGGGUCCUGCAAACAAAAGAAAAUAUUACUCAGCAGAUAUGAAGCAGAUGCCCCAAGUAGUCUCUGAAUUUCUGCAUGUCAUUCACUCUGAUGCUGCCUUUUUAGUACUGUCCAACUUGACAGGUUUAAAACUGCAUCCCCUGGCUCCUUGUGAGGAUAGUGAGGUUACAGUUAAUGGAAAGGUCGGUGGACCGUCGUCGUCAUCAUCAUCAUCAUCAAUGGUGCGGCAUGUGACUGCAGAUCCUCGAUGCCGAAGUGAAGUACGAAGAUGGGAGCAUAGUUGCUACACACUUGGCCAUGACACCGAUACUGAGAUGCAGGAUUUUGCUUUAGACACAGUCAUGUACAUUGGUUGUACUCAAGAAUGGUUGGUUGAAAAUGGAGGAUACACUUCUUAUAUUGCUAAGGGAGAGGAAGAGGAGCUGUUGUCUGUGUGUCCAGCCAGCAAUUGUUUAGCUUUGGUGUACAGGGACAAGGACACAAUGAGGUUUGUCAAGCACUUAAAUCACAGAGUCACCAAACUGUCACCGCCAAGAUUCUUUGACAUCAGCACUGUUUAUUAUGAGUAA